AUGAAGGUGACGGUGGUGGUCGGGAAGCAGUCGGAGGUGGUGCAGCUCCCCCCCAACCCGACACUGGCGGACCUCAAGAAGGCCUACAAGCCAACGGUGGAUGUGAACCGCAAGUCCUUCAAGGUGGCGGGCGGCGGCGCGGAGAGCGGGAAGCCGCAACUCGUCGCGCUGGUGGAUAAGCGGCCGCUGAAGGAGCAGGGCGUGACUGAGGGGUGCGAGGUUGUCUACAAGGACUUGGGGCCACAGGUGGGCUACCGCACGGUGUUCAUCGUGGAGUACGCGGGGCCGCUCGCCAUUAUGCUCGGCUACGCCCUGCGCCCCUCCUUCAUCUACGGCACCAACAUCGCGAAGGGGUUUGGCUACACACAAAAGCUCUUCAUCAGCCUCUUUACUGCCCACUUUGUCAAGCGUGAGCUGGAGAGCCUCUUUGUGCACAAGUUCUCACACGCGACGAUGCCGCGCCGCAACAUUGUCCGGAACUGCGCGUACUACUGGGCCUUCGCCCUGUUCAUCGGCUACGUGCUGUGCCACCCGCAGUACACGGAGCCGUCGAAUCGCUGCCUGGUGAACGCCUCGGCGGCUGCCAUGGUGGUCUUUGAGCUGCUGAACUUUGCCGUGCACAAGCAGCUGAGCGGCAUGCGACGGAGCGACGGCGACACGACCCGCACCGUGCCCAAAGGUGUUCUCUUCUCCCUGGUCUCCUGCCCGAACUACACGUUUGAGGUGCUCUCGUGGGUGUCGUUCUCCCUCGGCACGAGCCUGGUGUCCUCGUGGCUCUUCACCCUCGCCGGCUUCGUGCAGAUGGCGGAGUGGGCGGUGAAGAAGCACAAGGGCUACGUCAAGUCCGACCCGGAGGCGGCGAAGCGGAAGUGCAUGUUGCCAUUCCUCUUCUAA